AUGACGGCGCGGGCCGCAGCAACGGAGUCCUCAGCGGCGGCGCGCCCCCCGGCAACGACGACAACGCCCGCACGCAAGCGGGCCGGCGAUGACAACGACGGUGGCACAACGAUGGCGGGCGGGCGAACAGGCAGCAGCAACGGCGGCAACGCAACACCGCCGGCAGCAGGGCCCAAACAGUACAAAGUGAUACUUCUCUGUUCUUCUAUAGGGUUUGUAUCCAGAGAUAACUAUGCCCCGCAGGCUUUCUCCUUUUCACCAGUUUUAUUUGGGUCUCGACUUGGAAUUUUGUGGUGCCUACAGAAAUUCAUACAAAGAGGUCGAUACAUUUCUCCCCCUGCUGUUGAUUCAGUACCCCAGCACUUCAUCAUCAAAAACACUGGAACAGAGACAGGAGCCGCUGCCAGAGGGCUUGAAGCCAGCAGCCAAUGCUACCGUGGCCAUCUCCCCCAGCAUGGUGGAGGAGAAGGCGAGGAGGGGCACCUGGAGGAGUCCGACACGACACCUGGUGUGAGGAGCUGCCUGCCGCCUGCCACACCUUGCCACACACAAGGUUGCCAGUCCUCCCGCAUGCCUGCAGUCGCCGCAUUAUGGAGCCUGGUACAGACGGGUGGGGCACCAAGUGACGGAGUGGGGAUGCUGAGGGGUGCUGCCGUGUCGUGUAUUGCGGGGAGCGUUUGUGCGAGCUCUGGGUGCUCUGUUUCAUCAGGGACUCGACUGAGGCACUGCCUUGUCCAGCAUCUUGCCUUUCUGAAGUGUCCAUCUGGCUGCUUUUGGGGGGAGCCUACAAGCAAUAGCCUUCUCCCACUGUGGGUUCUCUCCAGCCACCGGUGCCUGGAAUUAGUCUGCCUCUGAACAUGGAGUCUUCAUAUAACAACAGCAGCCAUCAGCAGAGACUCUUAACAUCAAUGCUAGAGUGAAAAAAACACACGGUUUUCUUAUGCUUUUGUAUUGCACUGUUAUGUUAUUAAUAUUGAAAUGUUAUGUUAUUAAUUUAAUAUGUUUUAAUUGAUUGAUAGCUUGUUUUAUGAUGCUUUAUGAUGACUUUAAAUGUGAUAAUGUUUAGGUAAUCAAUAGGAGUUAUUGUUGGAUUGUUAUGUUUUGAAAUGAUUUGAAAUGAUUGUUAGGUUUUUGAAUUGAUUGCUAUUGAUGUCGUCAUUUGCAUUUUUGUAAGCC